AUAUUCAAUAAAAAGUUCAAUUUGACGUGGAUUUUCACCAAACAUAUACUCCAACAAAUUAGCAUCCACUGGUGUAGCUAUAUAAUUCACCACUCCACUAAAAACCACAGGAUGCCUCCAUGUUAAAUCAAUCGUAUGUGCAUCCAACUCAAUUCCAAUUUUUUCACAUAUCAUUGAUACAAGCUGAUAAUAUGAUAUCUUUUCAUUCAAUAUAAUAAAUGAAUUUGCACGAGGGGGAUCAUAAGCAACACCCAAACCUGGGAGCUGAAUAAUUUUCCCAUCCCAAUAUAAACUCACAAACACCAUUAAACCUGCAAAAUAAGUGCGACAUAACAUCAUAUACUAUAAAUUCAACAUACUUAGAUAAAUAUUGAACAAAAUUAAAAUCGAAAAUUCAAUACCAAGUUCAAUGCCAUAAACCCUAAAUCUAUAACUAAGUAACAUAUAGCAAUGAUAAUUGAAAUUAAUAGUCAAUAAUUACCUAACACCACUUAAAAUAGGAAUUAGAGCAACAAAAUCACGGAUUCACUUCGAUUUUCGCCGGCUAGAAACGUUGGCCGUCGCUGAGAGUGAGAGAUUGAGCGAGCUGGAAGUGAAUUCGCGAGUGGAAAGUGAGGUCUCUGCCGUUUGGGCUGGAAUUUGUGUCUACCCGAAACACGCGAGAGCGUGUCGCGUGUUUAGUUAAACACGCGAUAGCCUGAUGCGUGUUUAGUUAAAACACGCAAGAGCUUCAAGCGUGUUUAGUUAAACACGCGAGAGCUUCUCACGUCUAUACCAUGUCUGGAAACUUUGUUUUUCAGGGUCCAAAUGGCGGAUACAUUUUUGCAUGGCGUCCUUUCUUGGAAUUUUCUCCUGUAUUCUUCUUGGAAAGUCCAAUGCAUGUUUAGGUGUAUCAUUUGGGAGAGAAAUCUAUGCAAUCAGAAACAUGUUUCUUCACGACACGUUUGUGGUCACCGCAAUGAUUGAUUUCUACUAAAGCUAUGGUAGGCCGAUGGACGCGUGGAAUACUUUUGUAAUGUUGGAGAAUAAACACAGCAUUGCAGUUUGGAAUUCAAUGAUCAACGGCUUCUGUGAAAAUGGUGUUUGGAGAAACAGCUUGCAGUUAUAUUCAUCGGCGAAAAAUGAGGCUCUUGAGCUUGGCUCCACAACAUUUUCAAGUGUUCUCACAGCUUGCUCACAGGGUGAAGCUGUGGAUUUUGGUUGUCAGGUGCACUCUGAUUUGGUCAAGAUGGGGUUCGAGCAAGAUUCCUAUGCUAGCACUUCACUACUGACCUUUUAUGCCAAAUGUGGAGUUGUCGAAGAUGCAGAGUGUGUUUUCAAUUCGGUCAGAGAUAGAACGGUUGGGAUUUGGAAUAGCAUGAUAUCGGCUUAUAUUAACUGUGGUGAUGCUAAUAAUGCUUUGGAUGUUUACAUCAAGAUGCGUCCCGAACAAGUAGAGCCUGAUUUCUUCACCGUAUCUAAUGUGCUAAUAGCAUGUGGUAUGAUUGGAUCGCACCAACUUGGAGAAACGGCAUACGGAGAGCUAAUCAAAAGGCCAGUGAAGCAGAGUCUUGCUCUGCAGAGUGCUCUGUUGACAAUGUACUCAAAGCUUGGGAGUUUCGAGGAGUCCUGUAAGGUCUUCAGAGAGAUGAGGACGAAGGACGUUGUAGCUUGGGGAUCUAUGAUAUCGGGGAGUUUAGAGAAUAGGAAAUUCGAGGAGGUAUUGAUUUUGUUCAAGGGGAUGAUAUCCGAAGGUGUGAAGCCGGAUGCUAGUGUUGUUGCAAGCUCAAUUGUUGCUUGUUUAGUAUAUGGUGAUGUGAAACUAGGUUGUUGUCUUCACGGAAUGUCGAUUAAGGAAGGCCUAGAUUUGGAUUCAUGCACAGGUAGAGCUCUAAUUGAGUUCUACUCCAAAUUCAAAAAGGUUGAGAUGGCAGAGGAAGCUUUUUCCAGUGUGUUGGUGAAGAAUUUGGCGGCGUGGAAUGCUUUCAUCUCGUGUAACUCAUUGAACGGCCUCCCAAACAUCUCGAUCAGCCUCCUGCCUCGUGUUCUGCAAGAUGGCCUCUGUCCCGAUUCUGUUUCAGUCACCCUAGCUCUUGCUGCAGCUGCAGAGCUCGCGGCAUUGCUUGUGGGAAAGGCGAUACACGGUUAUAUCAUAAGAUCCCUUCUAUUUAACGAAAAUCAAGUGGAGAACACGUUGGUUGAUUUGUGUGCGAAGUGUGGAAGCUUAGUUUAUGCUGAACGGGUGUUCAGGAACAUGGAGAAGAGAGACAUCGUGACAUGGAACUCAAUGAUUGGAGGCUACGGAUCACAUGGUGAGUGCCAUAGGGCCAUUGGUAUGCUGAAGGAGGUGAGGGAUUCAGGAGAAUCACCUGAUGGGGUGACGUUCCUGUCCCUCAUCUCCUCAUGCAAUCAUAGUGGUCUAAUUGAUACAGGGCUGAGCCUGUUUAGGUCGAUGAGGGAGAGCGGAGUGGAGCCUCAGAUGGAACAUUAUGUCACUGUGGUUGACCUUUUGGGUCGGGGUGGGCGUGUGGAGGAGGCUUGGGAGUUUGUGGAGGGGAUGGCUAUGGUGCCUGAGAGAGGCAUUUGGCUGUCUCUGCUUUCUGCUUGCAAGGUUCAUGGGAGGUUUGAGCUUGGUGAGGCCGCUGCUUAUAAGCUGUUGGAGAUGGAGCCAGAGAAUGGGGGUGGGUAUGUGCAGCUGCUAAACUUGUAUGUCGAGGGAGGGUUUAAGGAGAAGGCGGCAGAGUUGAGGAGUUUGAUGAAGGAGAAGGGAGUGAGGAAGGUGGCUGGGUGUAGUUGGAUUGAGGUGAAGGAUAAGGUGGAGGUUUUUUACUCGGGUGGGACAAAGAUGGUGAGCAUUUGUGAGACCCUUGAUGGUCUCAGGAGUAGUAUGAAAAGGGGGGAAUGUGGUUGGGGAGUUGGUGAGGCAUUGCUUUUAUCAGUCUGAGGUUGCAAUCAAGUCUUUUUAGGUGAAAGAUUUAGUUUAAAGGAUUGGCCUUUUGUAAUGUCACUCCGCCACCCAACUUCUCAGAGCGCAGCGGCGACAACACAACCAUGGAUAUGUAUCACUAAAAGGAAGUAGUGUUGUGAAUGAGGGCAGCAAGAAUUCGUUGGGCAGCCUCAGUAGGAUGAGCACCAUCCCAGAACAAGUACUCAUUUCUAUUCCGACAUGGUACUGUAUUUGCAAACCACCUUGGCCCUGUUCCAUUUGAAUCAUCACUGCCCCCACAACAAGCUUUGUCCUUCACCUUGAACCCUGCACCAUCCCUCAUAAGUUAAUUCAUUCCCACAGCAAAAAAAAAUUUAUUUAAACCAAGCCGUCAAUCUUGGAUUACCGUAGGCCUCAGCAUUGUUGAACAAGCUGUUAAACAGUUGAAUCGAUGGGGCGUAAGUAAAUGCAGAUCCAGGGUAGUUUGAACUGAGGUCGUGCACAAUAGAUUUCAGCCGCGUGUUGAACAUUUCCACCGUGUGGUUUAAUGUUGCGUUACACUUCAAAUUGUGACUUCUUAUAGGGAUGCAACCAAUAGGUGAUGCUUCUAAUAUCAAGAACUUCCUCAGCCCUAAACCUUGGAUUUCCUACAUUGACAAACAGAUAACAAUUGGUGUCUACAACUAAUUAUUGGGACGUUUUGUUAACUAUAAUCAAAUAUUGUUACCAAUAUAUGUUGUCUAUAGAGGUUUAUAAGGAGAUCAGCAAAUUGCUCAAGAUUGUAGAUAUGACUGCUUAGGUAGUGUUCAGUUUUAAAGUAGUUGUUGAGGUAGUCAUUUGCUCCAAUAUCCACAAACACCAAUGCAUUUUCCAAAUACUUGCUCACUUCAUUCCCAUGCAGUUGCCCUCUCAGUGGAAUAGGAUAUCCCAACUUGAAUGACACAUUUUUUAAAAUAGAAAUAUCAUUCUCUCUACUUUUUCUCACUCUUACUUUAUGCUCUAUCCACUUAACUCACAAAAACAACAUUAUACAUAAAAUUUCGUGUUAAA